GUGGGGUCGGCGGUCGCUGAUUGCGAUGGAAAACCAUCCAGUUCAUUGCAUUUGAUUCAUCGCUAUAUAUGAUGCACACUUCCUUGAUUAGCUAUAUGUAUUCAUCGCUGUAUUUGAGGCAUACUGCCUUGAUUAGCAAUAAGCGUAUGAAAAUGGAUUCCUCUCUCAAAUUGGGAUGCUGCUCACUUUUUGUUUCCACUCCAUUGUUGAUCAUUCUUCUCAAUUCUUACUUCCUUUCGCUGAAGAGGAUCGAGGUUAGAGAUGGCGGCGACGGCUUAUGCAUCCCUUGUGUCGCUGCUGAAUACGAUGGAUCAGAUCCAGGCACAUCCUCGGCUUUCCCCCAAUUUCUACAGCUGCCAGCUUCAAUCUCUCGGCGAGAUUGUUGAUUUCCUGGUUGAUUUUGUGGUGAAUUAUUCAGAAAAGGCGGAAAUUGCGAUGGGGCGAAUUGGGGAUAUCGCUCAUGAGGCUGAACACAUGAUUGAAGUCGCAGCUGCUGACCUAAUUCGCGAUAGAUCUACACUCAAAAGUGUCGAGAAGAUGCUUGAGCAAAUGAUACAAGAGAUGAGCUCCAUCAAGGAAGAGAUGAUCAAGUUCAAAGAGGAAUCCGUGCUUCCAUCAUCAUCAUCAUCAGAUGCUCCUGCAAUUACGAUGCCUACACCACCACUACCACGAUCAUCAUCAUCAUCAUCUCUUCGUGCAGCGAAGAAUACCAUGCUUGGAUUUAACCACCAUGUGGAUCGUCUUCUGGAGGAGCUAAUCGGACACGAGUCUCGGAGUCGGAGAAUAAUCCCAAUUGUUGGGAUGGGAGGCGCUGGUAAGACCACUCUGGCCAAACAUGUCUAUGGACAUCCAUCUGUGGUUGAACUUUUUGAUUUCCGUGCUUGGAUUACUGUGUCUCAAGAACAUAAUGCAAUUCAUAUCCUUUCACAAGCUCUUUCUUGCUUAGGAGUAGCGGUGUCAAAGGAUAAAGCUGAUCAUGAACUAGGUCAUAAGCUGUAUCAAACUUUAUUUCGUCAGAAAUAUCUCAUUGUAUUGGAUGAUCUGUGGAGUCAUGUGGCUUGGGAAAGGGUGCAACAUUUCUUCCCAAACGAUGAUACUGGUAGCCGAAUUGUUGUGACAACCAGGCAACAACAAGUGUCUAAAUCCUUAGGCAAAUCAUUAGGCUUCUCUUCACUUGAUGUGGGUUUUCUUGAUUUCGAUAUUAGUUGGGACCUUUUCCAUGAAGUGACAUUUGCAGGACAACACUGCCCUCCUCAAUUGGAAGGAACCGCGAAGAAAAUUGUCGGAAAAUGCCGAGGACUUCCACUUGCAAUCUGUGUGAUUGGGGGACUUCUUCGAAAAUCAACGGGGACGCAAGAGUAUUGGGAGGAAAUUGCUAAAGACAAGAGCUUGGUUCUGGAAUAUUCAGGAUUUCGGUACAUCGCCAAUUCCUUCAUCAAUAGCACUAUGUUGGAGUCUGCAAACAUUGAAUACAGAGGUGGCAAAUACAGUUGUUUUACCAUCCGAGAUUUGGAACAUGCCUCAACUUAGGCAUAUUAUAGGCGGCUGCAUGCGUGUUUCUGAUCCUCCUCCCGGUGACAUCCUUGUUCUACACAACUUGCAGACACUCGUGGCAGUAGAGAAUCUCGUUAUGAGUGAGGAGGUGUGCAGCAGAAUACCCAACAUCAGAGUAUUGGGGGUGGUAUACAGGUCUUCUGGAGAGCAAGUUGAGCAAAGUUGGUCUUCGCAUCUGCAUAAUUUGGUCUGGUUAAGCAAGCUUGAAUCUUUAGAACUCAGUCACUUUGGAGAGCCAUAUGUAGGUGAUCCUUUUGAGAAGCUUCAACUGCCGAAUUCCCUAAAGGAGCUCACUUUAAUCAAUUGCAAUAUUGCAUGGAGUGGUAUGGGAAUGAUUGCUUCCUUGCCUCAUCUUGAAUUUCUUCAAUUGAAUGGGGAAGCGGUGGUAGGGCCUGAAUGGAAUUUUGAUGAGGAGAUAUUUCAUGGUUUGAAACGUCUAAUCAUUUGUCAUAAUCACAAUCUGGUUAAUUGGACUGCGGACUGUUCCAACUUUCCAUUGUUGGAGACGCUUUUGCUUUGGAAUGUACCGAAUCUAGAUGAGAUUCCUUUGGAAAUUGGAGAGAUACCCACACUUGAAAACAUAAUUGUUGUUGAGUGUUCGGAAUCAGUUAACAAGUCAGCAAGAAAGAUAAUAGAGGAACAAGAGGAUAUGGGAAAUCUAGCCCUUCGAGUUGUAUUUAGUUCCGGGAGUGACAAAUUAUGGUGGACCCACAAGUCAGCACUAGAGAGGAUAGAGGAAGAGGAUCAUGAAGAACAAAUCCGUACACUUACAUUUACUACCGGGGCAGAUUGUUCUGCGGUGAAACUAACCAUCAAGUUCAAAAUACCAUUACUACAAGAAGAUAUGCCUACUUUAUCAAUUGCAUAUUCCGACGAAAACUUGCUUUUAUGUGACAGAAAGCGAGCUAGGGGCUUUAAAGUCCACAUGGAAGACAAUAGGGAGGCGUUUCGUUAUGAGCCCUCAUCUCCAGGUGGAGGGAGUCUCUUUUUUCCAAAGAAUCGUAGUACUUUAUUUGGUGACGGAUGACUGCUCUUUUCUUCAGAUGCACAAAAUGGAGAGGGGCUUGAAGAAUUUGCUAAGGAGAAGACAGUGUGGUUCAUUCUAUUCUAAUGGUAGUAGCAUUGUGUUAUGUUAUGUUAUGUUAUGUGUGGCUAGAUAUUGAUUUUACUCUCUGCUUUGACUAAAUGCUGUGUGGCUAGUUAUUGAUUUUACUCUCUACUUGACUGAA